AAAGCAGAGCAGAGUUUGGAUGAGCUAUGGCUUCCAUUUCCAUUCCCAACAUCCCCAUUGCUCUACCUUUCCUUUCCAAAUCAAAAUCUCACUUUUCUCAAAAUCCCUCUUUACUCUUCACUCCUCUCUCCUUAUCACCAAAACCCAUUCCUUUUCACAACCCAAAUAAUCGCAAGAACAAGGGCAGCAAAUUCUGGAUAACUUUAGCCACUCCUGAAGAGGUUCUGCCAUCAGAUUCCCGGCAGAUUGUGUCCACUACAGGUGAUGAAGGCGUUGCCACUGUUAUUCAGGCUCUUCUAUUUGUUGCCUUUGUUGCUCUUACAAUUCUCACUAUUGGGGUUAUAUACAUAGCAGUACAGGAUUUCUUGGAGAAGAGAGAGAUUGACAAGUACGAGAAAGAAGAGGCUGCCAAGAACAAGAAUGUCAAAAAGAAGAAGGUGAGAGCCAGAGCUGGGCCUAGGGGAUUUGGUCAAAAGGUUGAUGAAGACGAUGAGGAUUUUUAGGUUACCAAUUUCAUUCUAAACUUUACAUUUCCAUUGCCUUUGUUUCAUGCAAGGCAUUGUUUGGACAAUAAUUUCUGCUACUCUGUGCCGUUUUUUUUCUUGGAUAAACAACUUUUUUUAGUCCUUCAA